AUGAUAUCUCACGGAUCCUCAUACCGACUUUUACGAAAACUGGAUGCCUUGAACGACUCGGAAAUGUUAGUCUUGCCAAAUGCUGUAAAAACUGCCCUCGCGAGACAAAAUAUAUCGAAGAAUAUAUUCAGGGCAUACGUUAAGUCAAAAAACACGUACAAUACUCGUGCGAAAGCCGUCAAUUAUCGUGAAGGACAAGAAGUUUUUCAUCGAAACUUCGCGCAGAGUAACUUUACUCAGGGCAUUAGCGCCAAACUUUUGCCUACAUUUGUCAAAUGUCGCGUUAAAAAAGUUAUAGGCAGUGCCAUGUAUGAACUAGAGAAUUUAAAUGGCAAAUCCUUAGGUAUAUUCCAUGCCAAGGAUAUGAGACAAUGA